UUCCUUUCCAUGACAACUAUUAAGACUUGUCUACGUAAUUCUCUUUCCACAGUUAGUGACACUGUAUCCUACUGUCGUCUGCUGGCUGACUGGCGCGCUUUGUUUUGAUGUUUUGAUAUCGUCCCUCGUCCAAAUUUAUGUUUGUUUUUGUUUGUAACCCUUGACAGAGGAGUCACUUUAAGUUGUUUCUUAAUCUAAUCAGUGAAAAUGUCUUUAUUAAUCUCAAUUCGAAAAAAUAUAUGCAUUCAGUGACUUGUUUGGUUCGAGCCAGAAUUUGCUAACCUCUAGUGUACAACACAUCUAACACAAAAUUGUAUUUAAAUGCACAGGAGUUUUGAAAAUGGAACUAGAAAAAGAAGAGGUGCCAGUUAAAAUUUUUAUCCGAGACAUCUGGAAGCUCCAACAGUAUGACGUGGAUCCUAAUUACUUUCGCUUUUACGAUAAAUACAUUCGUAAAGUCGAUAUUAUGGGCAUUGUAACAGAAGUAAGAAAGAACGGUGACCAUCACAUAUACAGAGUUGAUGAUGGCACAGGCACAGUUAUCUGUAGCUUCAAUCAUAGUAAUACAAGGCAUUUGAAUGAACUACAUGAAAUUGAGCAGCUGCAAGAAUCAAUUGCUGAGAUGAACUUUGGAAAUGCGUCUGCUGAAGGGGCAGCAAUGGAGUUCCUCCUUGAAGAGGCCUUUAAUGCCAAUCAAAUUUCAUUCAGGCCACUGGAGCAAGGAGAUUGUGUACAUUUGCAAGGCUUUGUAAAAAAUUUUCACGAUAAACGUGAGGUGACAGCAUAUAGAUUACAUAAGGUACCUUCUUCUGCUCAUGAAGUUGACCGCGUCUUUGAGUUGUCUUUUCUUUACUCCAACUGCUACGCGAAAGAUGUGCCUGAAAGUUAGGACUGGAAACCUGUAUUUGUAAGCUGUGUACCUUAGCUAUUUAUUUUAUUGUAAUUUUUUUGACAGUAGCCGUACCUGCUUCUCCCCUUUAACAGUUACCAUAUAGAAUAAGACA